CUCAAUGCUUGAAUUGUCCAUAACGAAUUCCGGCUUGACUACGCCGGCAUACGUUUCAGGACGCUAUGGCUAAAGAUACAAAGUCUGCACAACCGGCGAAAGCAGCGAAAGCGGCUAAGCCUUUUCUCAAGUCUGGCACCAAGCGGAAAGGUGAAGGCCAAUCGUCGGCAGCGCCGCCUGCGAAGCGUGCACGGGACGAAAAUGGUAAAAGUCCCGAUGGCGAAAGGCAGAAGAAACUUCACACGAAGGACAAGCGAGCCGUCAUUCGUGAGAAGAAGCUCCAACACAAGAAGAACUGGAAUGUAAUCCAGGACUCGGUGUACUUAUGGGAGAAGCUACGUCCAAAGGAUACGUCGGAUAUCGAACGCAGGGAGCUGGUGUCGAACAUUUUGAAGAAGGUGAAGGGCAAGCUAUUGGAGCUAUCCAACCACCACACCGCCAGCCGUGUCAUCCAGUUUUGCGUCAAGUACGGUGGUGACGUUGAGCGUCGUACGGUUAUGGACGAAGUGCGUGCCAACGUGGUGGAGCUCUCAAAGAGCAAGUACGGUCACUUCCUUGUUCGCAAGCUGAUCAACACGGCAAAGAAGGACGAGGUGCCUGGUCUCGUCCGGUUAUUCCGAGGUCACGUCGCCCAACUUCUGCGUCAGCCUUACGGUGCCGACGUGAUUACCGAUCUAUACGACGUGGCGAGUACGGCGGACCGUAAUGCUCUAUGUUCAGAGUUUUACGGCAAGGAGUUCGUGUUGUUCGAUGGCAUCUCGGGCGAGGCGGGCCGCUUGUAUAGCCUAAAGCAGCUCAUGACGAACUCUCCGGCGGCGAAGCAGCGCGCCAUCAUCCAGCACAUGACAAAGGCGCUUACUCCUAUUGUGGAAAAGGCGCUCUUGGAUCCUCCAAUCACGCACAGGCUGGUGAAGGAGUACCUGGAGUGUGCUACGGGGCUGUCGGUAGAGGAGGCGGUGGAGACCCUUUCACAAACCGGCGAGGCAGUUCUGCGUAUGGUGCAUACCCACGAGGGUGCGGCGGCAGCGUGCAUGGUACUUGCAUACGGCAUGCCCCGUGAUCGGAAGCGCGUGGUUCGCGCCAUGAAAGGUCAUGUGGCGGCGAUGGCGGCAGACGAGUGGGGCCAUACGGUGCUGUGUAUGGCGCUGGCGUGCGUGGAUGAUACUUCACUUACAAGCAAAGUCGUUGUUUCGGAGCUCAAGGAGUUGCUGCAAGAGGGCGUGCAUCAGCCUAAUGCCGUGCGGGUGCUGCAUCAGCUGCUUUCACCAGACUGCCGCCGGCAUUUUCCGCCUGCCAUUUACGAGAUGCUUCAUCCACCCCAACGUGUAGUCAGGGGCUCCACUGGCAAAUCCGUUACGGAUUUGGAGGGCGAGGAGGACGAGGAAAUGGACUUCGGUGGGGCCGUACCCGAAGAUGACGCGGACGAGGACGGUGGCGAGCUCUUCUCAAAGGAGGCUAAAGGGAAAAGUUCAAACAAGCCGAAAGCGCGUGGCAAGGUCUUAGCUACCGGUGCUGACGAGGACAUGGAGGAUCCGGCGGACAAGACUGGAAAUGGUGGUACCGCCGAGGUCGAGGGGGUUCCCAACGAGACCGACGAUGCUGCAGCUGAACGAGUGUUGGGUGCCAGCAAGAAGGACCCCCGGUUACGUCGCCGGGAACUGCUGGGAAGUGGACCUAAGAGCCUGUCCGUCAAGCUGACACAGGUAGUGGCGGCAGAGGCGCCGGCACUGUUGCGAUCGCCACACAGUUGCGAGCUGGUAGUCGAGGUGGCGAGAGGCGGGGAAUCAGGUCUGCUGUUCGAGCUGGAACCUGAUGGGGUGCGUUCCGUUCACGCGGCCAUUAUAGAGGAUGCGGCAAGGUCCCCCGAGGAUGUAGCAGCGGAGGCUGGUGUUGAAGAGGACGCCCCGGAAGCGCCGUCAACAUCUGGGCGUGAACACGUGUUGCUAUCUUACUAUUCGAGUCGCGCUCUGCGACGAUUGCUGCUGCUGGCAGCGGACGAGCAGCCUGCCGGUGCUGCCGGUGCCUUCGCAUCCGAGAUAUGGGCCAAUGCCCUCAAGGGGCGUUGCAAGCAGUGGGUCGGAACGCAUGCUGAGAAGGUCCUGGUGGCACUAUUGCAAUGUGGAGUGCAACCUGUUGUGACAGCAGCGACAAAGGAGCUGAAACCGCUGGUAAAGCAGCCACUCGAGGAGUGGGCUGGCAGGUUCCUGGGCCAGAAGGGCAAGGAAGGCGACAAGCAAGUGGAGUCUCGGUUGGAGCAAGGGGCAGAGCAGGCGACCCAGGGGAAGGUUGAGGGACGGAAUGGGAAGUCGGAUGGAAAGCAGUCUGGGGCAGCGGAGGCGGGGAAACAGCGAGGGGGCCUGAAGGAACCGAAGAUGAAGUCCGGUGGUAAGGACAAGCGUGUUGGUGCGGGGCUAGACAAGGGAAAGGUUAUAAAGGUGAAACGGUAAUUACGAGAGCAGGCAGGUGUAACUAAUUUGCAGGUAAGUAAGUGCCGAAUUAGGCACAUCGCACUUCAAAAACUUAUCCUGGAAUAAUAGAUGGAAUUCAUCCGACUCGGUUGACGAGACGUGGUCUCAACAUGGAAAAACGGCGGACAAAAGGCGAUAGGGUUAAGAACUGACAAUGUCAUGCACCCCGCUGCCAACACGAUCAUUUUACCGGCAAAAGCACAUGGGCGGUUACUGUUAGGGUUUGGUUGUACGUGCUAUGUGAACGGAACUGUGGUCAGUGCAGUAUGGUUUAUGAUGUGACUUGGGUGGUGCAGUGACACGUAAGGAGCGUGUACAUAUCUACAAACUAAUGUAAAUGUUGGGCUAG